AUGCUGGCAACCGCUCAAACCUGCGCCGUCAUCGGUCUGGACGGCCAAUUGAUCCAGGCCGAAACCGACAUAUCGCCCGGUCUUCCAGCCUUCCACAUCGUGGGGCUGCCCGAUACGGCGGUUCAGGAAGCUAAAGAACGGGUUCGCGCUGCCGUCCGAAAUAGCGGUUGCGAAUUCCCAAUGCGACGUAUCACGGUCAAUCUCGCCCCGGCUGAUCUCAAAAAGGCUGGCCCUGCUUACGACUUGCCCAUCGCUGUGGGAAUCCUGUACAGCACUGGUCAAGCUGCUACCACGCUGGAGCCGGCGAUAUUUCUGGGUGAGCUUUCACUGGAUGGCGGCCUGCGGCACACCGCCGGCAUUUUGCCUAUGGUUUGGGUCGCCCGCGAACAUGGAAUCAGAUCGGUCUACGUGCCGGCGGUGGACGCAGCUGAAGCGGCGUUGGUUGAAGGCAUCAAGGUUUACCCGAUUGGAACGUUGGCGCAACUGGUAGCUCACCUGGAAGGCCAUGCCCCAAUCGAACCGUUCCCCAGCAGCGGCGUGCAUCUGAACGGCAAUCGCGAACCUUCCGACAGCACCGACCUUGCCCAUGUAAGGGGGCAGGAUCACGCGAAACGGGCGCUGGAAGUGGCGGCUGCCGGGUUCCACAAUAUCCUGCUGAGCGGUCCGCCCGGAUCGGGCAAGACCCUGCUGGCACGGGCGUUGCCGGGCAUCCUCCCCUACCUAACCCCCGAAGAAGCGCUGGAAGUAACCAAGAUAUACAGCGUCAGCGGGAACCUUCCGCCCGACAGCCCGCUGAUUGCCCGCCGACCAUUUCGCGCUCCCCACUACACUAUUUCCAACGCCGGCCUCGUAGGCGGUGGACGCAUGAUACGGCCCGGUGAGAUCACCCUCAGCCAUCGCGGUGUCCUGUUCCUCGACGAGCUGCCGGAAUUCGGGCACGCCAGCCUGGAGUCUUUGCGGCAACCACUUGAGGACAAAACCGUCACUAUCACCCGGGUUAGCGGCACGGUAACCUACCCGGCCAGUUUCAUGUUGGUAGCGGCCAUGAAUCCAUGCCCCUGCGGGUACGCGAGCCACCCCCGCAAAGAAUGUGUGUGCAGCCCAUCCGCCGUCGCUCGCUAUCAGCGGCGCAUCAGCGGCCCGAUGCUGGAGCGGAUUGACAUCUUCGUGGAAGUUCCUCCCGUCGAAUUCGAGAGUCUCCUGGGCGAAUCUGUUGCCGAAUCUUCCGAGCAAGUGCGCGAACGAGUGAUCGCGGCCCGCCACAUCCAGGAGGACCGAUUCGCGUCUACCCAAAACAGGCCCGCGAUUUUCAAUGCUGAAAUGUCCGGCGCCCGCGUUUGGGAAUUUUGCAACCUGGCCGAUGAUGCUAACGAUCUGUUGCGACGCGCGUCGCAACAAUUGGAUAUGUCUGCCAGAGCGCUGCAUCGGGUACUGAAAGUCGCCCGUACCGUGGCCGACCUGGCUGGUUCUCAAGCGAUUGAACCCGCUCAUCUCGCAGAGGCUUUGCAAUACCGAUCCAGGGGACUGGGAUAG